AAUAUAUCUUACAUUUCUCAUGUUUCAGUAAAUUCACUUGAGGACAUUACCCCAUUCCACGAUGAGGCUAUAAAUAAAGCUAGCUCUAGUACACAUCACAUCACCUGCGCCAGCACUCAAGCAGAUUUCGAACCUUAUGAAAACAAGUUGGAGAAAAAAAUUGAUGCACUAUUGGCUUUGGUCAAUUCAAUGUCCAUAAAAAUGGAAGAAAUGAAUGAAAGGCUCAAACAUAUAGAAGUGACCCAACAACCGAACACUGCCAAUUUAAAAUUCUUUCUGGAGAAUCUUCCAUGUGAUAGCAUGGAAGAUAUGAAAAGACUAAAUGACCUGCUGGAGAAGGAGGAAGAGAAAAAUAACUUUAUGAACUACCUUCAAACAUUUGGCGGUGCACACCCUAAAGAUAGGGUGAAGAGAAUGAUGAAAACUAUUAUGACAAACAAGCUAGCAUUGAGUUGCUCCUGGCUGGGCUUGAGGAAUAAUAUAAGAGCAAGUGAUUUCCUCUGCAUAAAAAUAGCUCAAAGUAAGAUUCUAUGGUAUUAGGUAUGCUGCUUUUUUUCAUUUUGAAUUCAGUUCAAUGCUAUUAAUUUUAAGGUUUUAUUGUCACUCUUUUUUCUCCUUUCAAUGACCUGCAAGAAAUUAUUAA